AUGGCCUCUCAGUGCAAUGCCUUGCUAUUCGCAGAAGACGAUGGUGUCUAUCACAGGCACAAGUCUCUUGCGGUUACUCUCAAGCGCUUGUUUUCUUUGGUUGUCGAUCUGGCUCAAGAUGUUCUGCCUGCUUCCAGAUGUAGUUUGAAGAAAGUUGUCUACGGACACCUGAUCGUCCAAGCGGUGCUUACUUGUUUGGUGGACACUGAACACUUCGAUGGCCUUCUUCCGGACGGCGUUUCCCUGGAGAACCUCCUACACCAGCUGCGGAUCCGCGGGGGGAACGUCCUGGUCGUCGUCCCUGGUCGUGCGCCGAUCUGCCUCCGGUGCCACCGAGCGGGGCACAUACGCCGAGACUGCAGGGUGCCCCGGUGUAACCUGUGCCAGACCUUCGGACACGAGGCCUCGUCGUGCGUGAAGACGUACGCCCGCGUCACUGGCAACAACACCGCCGUGGUGUCGGACGACGCCGAGUGCAUGGACGUGUUCGAGGCCCAGAGAGCAGCAACAGCGACGACGCCGACAGACCAGCAAACCCAGGGUGGGCCCGCAGAGAACGAUGGAGUCUGUGAUGAGGCGAAACCAAGACCCUCGCCCGGGGCAUCAAACGAAAAGGCGGCCCCCGAGGUAGUCGAAAAAGUCGCGGCUGAAAAGGUGACGGACACUCCAGACCUCCCAGCGGCAACCGCCGUGCCGGGGGACGAUGACGGCAAGGACCAUGUCGACGAAGACGUCGGGACUACCGUUCAUGACGAAGUCAAGGUCCAGGGUGACGACGACGGCAAGCCCAAGGAGGGCGAAGGUGGCGUCGACGGCAGACUCAAGGACGCGGAGACCGGAGCGGCGAGGCGACGGCACGAAGGCGUAAGCUCCAAGAUCGCCGACAGGGAACUGCGACGCCUCGAGCGC